AUUACUAGGCCGAUUAGUUAAUCGAAGCUUGGUGACACCUUUAAAUAAAUAAUAUCCACAAUUUGUUACCAGUUACACUAAUAUUGCGCAUGAUUCCGAAUUGCUAUAGUGACAAUUUUUUUUAGUUGCAUUUUGACUCCAAAGAGCUCUCGAACCACCUCGAACCUCCUUAACUGACCACCACGAACUCUUACUUCGUGCUGACCACUAACCUUUGCUAUUGCUCAUUCGCUGCACCAACCCAAGCACCACUGGAAAAUUUGGAAGAAGACAUAAUUACAUAUAAAAGCAUGAUAAGCAUCAUAAACAGCAAUUUUAUAUAACCACGAAAAUAGUUUGUUCCGUAUCUAGCGGUUAAAACUAAAUUAACAGUAUAUUUAUAUGCAAACGGAUUAUGGCAGAAAAAGGUGCUCAUUUGACUGGAACCACAUAUAUCAAACCUUCUAUCUUUGAAAUUAUUGCACAAGAAUCGCUUGCAUCCAUUCUUGAACCGGCUUUUAAAAACAUUCUUUCGUUUCUUGUAUCUUUUAAUCUUGACAAAUAUGGGUAUAUUCUUGAAUGGACAGAUGAAGGAUAUUUGAUUUUCAAUAUAUUUCUUCAACGAUAUUACCUAAAGAAAUAUUUUGCAUCAUUUUCUGAAACAUUUUAUGGUUUGAAACGUGUCACAAUAAUUAAUUCCAAGACAGGAUUACAAGAAAAAUUAUCACAUAAACAACAAAUAUUAUCAUUAAUAUUAAUAGUGACAUUUCCAUAUUUAAAGAAUAAACUUAUGCAGCUUAGUUUAAAAUAUAAACUUCAAAAAAUAGACAGUACAUCAAGAGAGAAGAGGCAAAAAUUUUUCAGUAAAUGUGUCAUUAAAGGACUUUCAAUUCUUUUUAUAACAUAUGAAACUCUCACGUUAUAUAAUUAUAUACUUUAUGUAUCUGAGAAAUCAAUAUAUCCAUCACUCUUGCUAAGGCUACUAUCUGUUACACUGACAUACGCUGAUCCACAAUCUGCUCUCACUAUUACCGAGUUAUUAAGGAAGAUAAAAUAUAAUUCAUUCACUGUCUGUGAUGGAUGGAAUAUACUUCAAAGAAUCGUUACUGGGUCUCUUGAACUUGGAGCUUUCUUCUUACAGUUUCUUUCUUGGUGGAAUCAGGAAAAUUAUGACAUGGAUAUUAUGAGUCUUCCAGCUCCACCACCACCAAAAGUACCAAAUGUAGCACAGCAAUAUAAAGGAAUUUGCCCACUUUGUCGUAAGCCUCAUCAUAUACAUACUGUGCUCAUGAUAUCUGGUUACAUAUUUUGCUAUGAAUGUAUUUUAUCGGAAAUAAGGAUAAAAAAGAAAUGUCCAGUAACACAUUAUCCUGCCAGAGAAGAUGAUCUAAUUCGUCUAUAUAUAGAAUAAUAAAUUAU